GCUCCGCAUUGUGACGCAGAGUCAGCUGACUGCAGAGGAAGCCUCCAUCCUUCUCACGACCUUCAUCGUUUCGCUGUUUUUCUGCGGUUCUGCCCGGUUCUGUCCCCGGUUCCGUCCCGGUUCUGUCCCCGGUUCCGUCCCCGGCAUGGCGAGUCAGUCUCAGGGCAUCCAGCAGCUGCUGCAGGCCGAGAAGAGAGCGGCGGAGAAGGUGACAGAGGCCCGGAAACGGAAGAACCGGCGCCUGAAGCAGGCCAAGGAGGAGGCCCAGGCCGAGAUCGAGCAGUACCGGCUGCAGCGCGAGAAGGAGUUCAAGACCAAGGAGGCAGCGGCCCUUGGUUCCCAUGGUAACAGCGCCGUGGAGGUGGACCGCGACACCGCGGAGCGGAUGGCUCGCAUCCAGGACAGUUACCAUGGUAACCGUGAGACGGUGCUGAACGAGCUGCUGCGGCGGAUCUGCGACAUCCAGCCGGAGUUUCACGCCAACUACCGCGUGGCCGGCUGAGGGGGCGGAGCUUCCGGCUGCCCUGAGGGGCGGGGUUUAGUGUUGAUGUUCCUGUGACGUUUACAAAGUAUUUAUAUUUCAAAAUAAAGUUUGUUUCUUCUAGAAUUUGACAAAAUAAAAGUCUCGUAAUCCAGCCAAUCACGUGACAGCAUCACCUGAUAUGAACACCUGAUUGGCUGGAGAAGGCGCUCUUAUUGUGAAACUCUGGUAUUUCAACAAUGUUUUCCUGUUUGUGACCGUGUGACUUCCUGUUGAUUGUGACUAUGGAACAUUAAAGUGAAUCUGAUUGGCUGAAAGUG